AUGGAAUUUGUUCAUCAUGAACCGGAAACACCAAUUGGGUUUAUGCCUGAAAGUGAAGUUCCACCAUUUUCAACUCAAGUUGGAGUUGAUCAAAAAGCUGAGAGUUUUUGGUUAAGAAUCGCUACCAAUUAUAACCAGUAUCGUGGACAGUCGCGGGAAAAGCUACGUGGGCAAUUAAAAUCUCGAUGGCAUCGAAUAAAUGGCUUGGUUCAAAAAUUUGUUGGAUGUUACAAACAAGCUGUUAAUGGAAAGAAAAGUGGGACAUCGGAGAAAGAUAUCUUGGCCGCUGCAUAUUCUUUUUUGCUCAGGAUGAAGGAUGAACCUAAAUGGAUGAGAACAUCGACCGAAAAUUCUUCAAAAAGAACAAAGAAUUAUGCUAGUGGGGCACACUUAUCAUCUUCUAACCUCCCGACACCUUCAAGUUAUGAGUUUAACUCAUCAUCACCAAUAGAGUGUCCAAUGGGACAACAAGCAGCAAAAAGAAAGAACAGUUCAUAUGAUCUCUUUUGGAACUUGAUUGAAGAAGAAUCUAUGGACAACACUGAUGAAGAACUACUAAAGUCAAUGCUCGAGAAGGAACAUCAAUCUGGAAGUUCCUCUAGGCCAAAGAAAAGAAAAGUGAUUGAUCGAAGUCGUGAAGAAGGGCACAAUCGUUUAUUCAAUGACUACUUCUCGGAAAAUCCAAUAUACAUAGAUAUUCAAUUUCGAAGAAGGUUCAAAAUACAUAGGCAUGUGUUUCUUCGAAUUGUAGCCGCCCUUGGAAAUCAUGAUGAAUAUUUCCAAAUGAGUGUAGAUGCAACUGGUAAAAUGAGUCUUUCACCAUUGCAAAAAUGCACAUAUGCUAUUCGUAUGUUAGCACAUGGGUCUCCCGCUGACAGUGUAGACGAAUAUGUUCAAAUCGGUAAAAGCACUUCAAUUGAGUGCUUAGAAAGAUUCGUUCGGGGUGUAAAUGUUGUAUUUGGGGCAGAGUAUUUGAGAAAGCCUAACAACGCAGAUGUUGAACAUCUUUUACAAAUGCGAGAGUCACGUGGCUUUCCAGAUGACACAUACUCAACAACUGAAACAGUUAACGGUCCUCAUCCGAAUCUUGCAACAAGACUACAAAGAAGAGCAAGUCUUCGUGAAAAACAAGUUCAUCGUCAACAUCAAGGAUAUCUAGUCGAGCAUAUUUGGGAGUGA